GUUCAACCAAAGCCGCAAGCCGUAGUUCAUCCACCUGAUGUUCGCUCUAUACUUCUAGUAGGCACUGCCAUUUUUCCGAAACGCAUGAAGAGCGAGUUCCGUAAAGGUCAAUCCGUAGUCUCGUAACGAUGAUUGUGGGAGGUGUCCUGAUUCUGUCGGUCAGCGUGAUUGGCGUCCUAGGCCAGAUGCCCCCAUUCGGCCCGAUGCCACCGUCUGGCCCGAUGCCGCCGCCUGGCCCGCCGAGUGUACCGCCUAGUUUCUCCUAUAUUUCCGGGAAAGGCAGUGAGCUCCUGGGCAUCGAUCGAACCGGCAUCGUUCACCGUCUGGUCAAUGGGGUAUGGGCUGCAUUGCCCCAAUCAGUACCGACUGGGCCCUUAAACGCCCGAUAUAUGUCGGACAAAGCCGUUACCGUCGGUGCCAGUCCGGAUGGCUGGCAUCAUAUGUGCACCCAGACUGGUGACAUUUUCCGCUUUAAUCCAAUCAGCAAUGGCUGGGAGUUAGCUUACGAUAUUUCCGACUGUGUGCAGAUCAACGCCAUGAGCAAAAACACAGCUGUGGCAAUUCAAUCGGAGAAUGGCGACAGCGGAAAUGUCCUACAGUUUAAUGGAACCCUAGCAUUCGACCGAUGGAGCACCAUAGACAUUGACAGCCACUACCACAACGUUCAAGUGUUCCGAUCGAGCAAAUGGGUGAGCGUCGGGGAAGACGGUGAGAUUUGGAGCAUCUCCAGCAAAGGUCAAGUGUUCCGCUUCAACACCGCCACAAACAACUUUGACGGGAUCCCGAUUCUCAACGCUCUGACGCUGGAUGUGCGCAAUGCCAGCUACGCCACUGUUGUAACAGCCGACUGCAAAGCAUGGACCUUCAACAGCGGCACGUGGACUAAGUGGCACAUCAGCACCUGUCCGGUGCAGACCACCUCCAACAACAACAAUGACUACUACUUGGACGGACGCGGUCGCUUCGGCUCGCGCAAUUAGAACAGCUUUUUUAUCCAUGAUUUGAUAAAGCUAAUAUAGGCGAUAGUUUGCAUACUGAAGCUUGUUUGUAAGCUUUAGUCUAUGGUUCCGCAAAUGCGCUUUAAUUUCCAUUGCUUUUAAAACAAGUCGCUGUCACGUGCUUGCUAGUUUUUCAACGAGAAACCCUUCUUCCAUCGCUUUCUUGCCUCGAGCGCUAUUGUCAUCCCGGAAGCAGCAUAAGACAUAACCUAAUCUGAAAACUAAAUUACAACUAACAAUAAAGCUGCGGCUCGGGAAUUUAAUAACG